CUGUGCCGUACUGAAAUGAAUGUCAACAUUCGAAGUUGCAUCCAUGAGAUGUCCAGCUCACACCAUGCCUCUCAUUUAGCACCCGGGCCUCCGACUCCCUCUCAGCCAUGGCGACAUUCGCUCUUUUAUGCUUCGUGCUGCUCAAUCCCUGUUUGAUCCCUAACGUUUCCGCCAAGGAAGGAUCCAAGAGUGUUGUGAGAUGGGACCCAACCAGGAGCCAGGUUGGCAUCGGUCUUGCGACCCCUGAUUUGUUCUACUGGGACCAAGACAGCAGAGUCACAACGGACUACUAUGGGGCGUUCAUCUUCGACCUCAGGCUCACAUCUGACAACCUCACCGUCCUCCUGAAUGGGGAGCCUAUCUUGCCCCGCGCGCGUGCAUACGUGCCAGCUCGUCUCCGCGCCCCUCAAGUCGGGUUGGUCGAGGAUAGUGGUAGAUACCGACCCAUAAAUCUGGGAAAUCGGACUGUGAUGGACUUGGAUUAUUAUAUCGAUUCACCGGAUACAAGCUCUUCAACCUCCAUAUAUAAUACGAAAUACAACCCACGUAUCAUAAUAGAUAUUCUCCGCGUCCGCAUACCCACUUUACCGGGCUACAGCGCGCCCCUGGCCUCUAAUGCGCAGGAAAAUAUAUGGAUUUGGCUCGAGGAUCUCUCUGAACACCCGCCGGGUACGCCAUAUGCCAAUAUACCCUUGAAAAUCAGUCGAGUACAGGUCAACAAACGCUGGUUGAACCAUGACUCAGAAGGUACUGAUACAUACAAAAGUCUGAAGAGCCUCAGAGGAUGUUAUAUCUGGUCGUGGCUCUGUGCCGACGUUGAUGAAUAUCCGUACUAUGAGUAUGUUUAUCAGGAGAACUUCGAUGAGUAUGGGAAGAAAGGUUCGAUGAGGCACUUCUUAACUAGGAGAUGGGGAAAUAUGGUGAUCUUGCUGGGGUACUGGCGCGCGGCUGUUUUGUUGGCUGUCUGUGGGAGCAUGGUAUUGUCACCAUUUAUUUAUGCUGUGUACAGGGGUGUGAAGGAUGUGUUUGACAUAUAUAAGAUGAGGAUGAAAGAGGUGGACGAUUGGGUUGCGGAUGAGGACGUUGAUGGGUGGUUGGAAAGUGACAGGCUCUUCGAGGAUUUUGGAUAUGAUGAGAAAGAGGGAGGUGCUCAGAAGAAGAAAAAGGAGGCUGCCAAAGAGAAGGAAAAGGAGGGCGAAAAAACCAAUGUCGAGGAAUUUCUCCCUUCACCACCUCCUUAUCCUGAGGUAGAGGGCAAAGAUCUCCUCGUAACAUGAUGAGCAAUUAUGUUUUGCGAGAUACCCAUUUCAUUGCUGUAAUUUUAUAAAAGUUCGAAUAGUUUCAAUCCACUUUUUGAAGCCUGAUGGAGAAAGUACGAACAAGAC